UCCCCUUCCCCUCUUAUCUUUAAGAAAGAAUUGGUUAAAAAAAAAAACAGAAGAAAAAGAAAAGAAAGAAAUGGCAGAGGACAUCAAGAUGAAGAAGAGGAAGAUGGCACAUCUUAUGUUCAUUCCUGUUCCUGGUGCUGGCCACUUACCUUCUAUCCUCGAAUUCGCCAACCUCCUUGUCAACCGUUUCAACAACAUGUCCAUAACCGUUUUCACUAGUAAAUUCCCAUUUUCUCCCUCGCCACCUUCACUCACCUCUUCGCACCCUCAAAUCCAACUCAUUCCUCUCCCUGAAACUCCAGAACCUCCAUCAUCACAGCAACUCCUACUGAAGGCGCGUGAACUCUACGUCGUGACCUUCAUCGACUCCCUCAUACCCCACGUCAAGUCAGCAAUCCAAACCAUUCUCUCUUCAUAUUCUUCCAACUCUGAUGAAUCAAAGCCACUCUUUACUUUGGUUCUUGAUUUCUUCUGUGUUUCAAUGGUUGAUGUGGGAAUUGAACUUGGCAUACCUUCUUAUAUCUACAUGACUUCAAAUGCUGGGUUCUUAGGGUACAUGUUUUCCAUUCUUGAACGUCAAAUUGAUGAUGUUUUCAAUUAUUCUGAUCCUGAUUUGUUGAUUCAAGGUAUUUCAAUUCCAGCUCCUUCUAGGGUUUUACCUGAUGCUUCUUUUAACAGUGAUGGUGGAUUUGUUGGGUAUUAUAAGUGUGCUCAGAGGUUCAGAGACACCAAAGGAAUUAUUGUUAAUACUUUUUCAGAGUUGGAGAAUUAUGCUAUUGAUGCAUUAUUAUCAGAUGGAGGAAGAAAAAGAAAUCCUCCUAUUUUUGCUGUUGGUCCUUUGAUUAAUCUCAAAGGACAGCAAAACCCGAAUUUAGAUCAAAAUCUCCAUGAAAAGAUUAUGAAAUGGCUUGAUUUGCAGCCAGAUUGUUCUGUUGUGUUUUUGUGUUUUGGGAGUAGAGGAAGCUUUGGUCCAUCCCAAACAAGGGAAAUAGGGAUGGCGCUUCGUCAUACCGGAGUUAGGUUCUUGUGGGCUAUGCGUUCGCCACCAGACAAAGUUAUCGACGAGGAGAGCGCCUUGCCGGAAGGGUUCUUGGAAUGGAUGGAAGGGAAGGGAAUGAUUUGCGAGUGGGCGCCACAGGUGGAGGUUCUUGCUCACAAAGCAAUUGGUGGGUUUGUUUCACAUUGUGGUUGGAACUCUAUUUUGGAGAGCUUGUGGUUUGGGGUGCCAAUAUUGACAUGGCCUAUUUAUGCAGAACAACAUCUUAAUGCUUUUAGGAUGGUUAAGGAAUUUGGAUUAGCAAUUGAGCUAACAUUGGAUUAUAGAUUUGGUAGUAAUGAUGUUGUAACGGCAAAUGAGAUAGAGAAUGGGUUGAAACAAUUGAUGGACAGAGAUAAUGUUGUGCACAAGAAGGUGAAAGAGAUGAAAGAGAUGGCUAGGAAGGCUCUCCUCAAUGGUGGAUCUUCUUUUAAUUCUGCUGGAGAACUAAUUGAUAAUAUGUUAGCUUACAGAAGUCCUAGUUGACCCCCAUCAAACGAACAAAGAAAAUGGUGGAAACUGAGAUGAACAAGCAAGAUAAGCCAAUCUUCAUUCCCUCACCGGGUAUUCACCAAUUAUCUUUGGCUCUUGAAUUUGCAAAACUCCUAAUCAACCAUUGUAAUCACCUUUUCAUUACAGUCCUUUCCAUGAAGCUCUCAUCAACUCCCUCUUCUGAUUCAUACAUCAAAUCAGUUUUUU